GCAGUUCCUGACUAUGAGUCAUCACUGGUGCCCACACCGCUUACACAGACUCAAAGCGGCACGCAAAUAGAGAGACCUCUCUUUUCAGUCUUCGUGUAUAAAGUUGAUGUUUUCGAUAUACUUUUUCCAGUUUUUGCUCUGAUGUCUGGAUGUUUAUAAUGGAUUAUAAAGGCUAAGUCACAUGUCCCACCUCAGGACACAUCCAGAGCCAGCCUGACAUUGCUGAAAACCAAACUCACCUCACUUCACUAUUACUCUCAGUAAGGACACAGCAUCCCAACAUGGCUGCUUACGCACUCGUCACAGAGAACUUUAAGUUUGUGUCCCUCUUCUUCAAGAGUAAAGAUGUGAUGAUCUUCAACGGUCUGAUCGCUCUAGGCACUGUGGCCAGCCAGACUGCGUACAGCGUCUUCGCUUUUAACUGUCCAUGUUCCCCUGGAAGGAACUACUGCUACGGCCUGGCUGCCAUUGGCGUUCCAGCUCUGGCAUUCUUCCUCGUGGGAAUAAUGGUGAACAAGAGCACAUGGGACCUGGUGUCCGAGUGUCGGCUCAGAAACUGCCGGAAGCUGUCAGGGGCUGCAGCCUUCGCCCUGGUUGGAACCAUCAUUGGUAGAGCUGUAGUGGCUCCGCUGACGUGGGUGGUUAUCUCUUUGUUGCAGGGCCAGGCGUACACGUGUGCCCUGAGUGAGUUUGUUGACCCCAGUACACUAGGGAAGGACUUCCCCUCAGAUAUGGGGUCAGAAGUCAUUGCGAAAUUCCCGUGUCAAGGAAGUGUUCCCACGGAGCUGCAGCGCUUCUGGGGUGAAAUUGAGCGACGACUGAAAUACGAAUCUCAGCUGAUAGGCUGGCUGCUGGUGGCAGGAAUGUCUCUGGCGGUGUUCCUGAUGCUGUGCAUGAAGCGCUGCUCCUCUCCUUUUGGCUACCUACAGGAGGACUACUGGUCUCAGUACCGCUCUAAUGAAAAGACCCUCUUCCAACGCACGGCAGCUGUCCAUGCCCAGCUCCUGGCUGCGGAGAACAUUAAGAACUUCUUUGGCUUUGUGGCGCUGGACAAGGAAGAGAAGGAGCUGCUGGCUGAGCACCAGAGUGUCAGUCCUAUCUGCAGCACUGACUGGAACAGAGUGACUGGUGUCUACCUCUACAGGGAGAAGAAUGGUCUGCCUUUGUACAGCAGGCUCAACAAAUGGGCCACGUACAGCCUGGAGCAUAACGUGGAGGCCAUGGACAAAGAGAUGGACACGUUCAGCUGACAGGAAGGACGGUGGGCCAGUGACAAAGGCAUCACUAUGCUAUAAAUAGAGUUCUUGUUGGACUUUCUGAAACUCUGACAACCACCCACUCUAUUUUCUGCCACUAUGCCUUGAGACAUUUUAUAAGAACUAGUUUGUUUGAAGCACACUGAACCCUUUUAUUAUCAAGUUCGGCCAGACGGAUGUGCCGAUGUGGCUGAAUGUGUGUUUUUAGUACCUUAAACCUGCAUUCUUUCUAGCAGCGAGCAGGGGGCAGCUCCAUGAGCUGCAAAAAAGAAGUCACAUAGAAUUGAGCCUUAUGGAGAAAUGACCCUUCUUCUGACUUGAUUUAUGAGCUCAGUAAACAGUUUCCUAAUGAGUUUAUGGUCUCAGUCUCUAGUUUAAAGCAUUCUUCCACACAGCAUGAUGUUCAUUUAGUAACUGAUGGUCCCAUUUACAGUAAAACAGACAAUAAAGCAGGGUAUGCUUUAGGGUGUGGCUACCUUGUGAUUGACAGGUCAUUCUCAGUGAGUCCUUCCAGCUCAACGCACCAAACUCAGAUCAAACUGUCAAACUAGGCAGUGCUGAUCAGAUAUGGAUCAACAUUCGGUUACUGCGUUGUCUGCUCUCCUAAAAUCUUUUCAGAAACAUAUUUUACUGUACUGUUUAUCUCAUUGUGGUCACACACAAUGUCGUAUUCCUUUUUUGACUUGCAUUGUGAUCCAAAAUAGAAAAUAAAAUAAAUCCAUCAAGGGGCAAUGAGAUGGUGGGUAAUUUUUCAACAGAUUUUCAUUCAUAAGGAAUUGUCACUAAACACAUAGAUCCUAUUUAUACCUGGUAUUAAUCUUAAUCAGAUAACUCCAUGUAUAGACACAGUCCAACCAUUCCCAGAUGUGACACUUGAUGAUUAAGUUCAUCAUUUAUAACUCUAACGUCUGCAGAGGUAAAAAAAAAAAAAAAAAAGUACACACAUUCUUUACUCAAGUACAGAUACUUGUGUGAAACAGACCCCGUUAUAAGUAGAAGUACUGAUUCAACUUCUUUACUCAAGUAAAAGUGAAAAAGGACAGGCUCUGAAAUGUACUUGAAUAAAUUAGUAUAAAUAAUUCUAGAUUGUAAUAGAAAUGAUGUGUGCCUAAAUUCAUACUUCUUCCAAACAAAUAAAUCAAAUAUAGAAAUGAAAAAAAGCACAUUUAGCUUUUUGACUGCUUCCAGCUCAGGAUAAAAAGGUAAUAGUACAGUUAAAUCAUUACCAACUGGCUGCAAUCUGCCAUAAAACAGAAAGAAAAAUUUGCACGGUUGAUCACAAUGGAGGAGCCGGAAGCGUAAAGGAGAAGGAGGUCCGAUAUCUGGACAUUGUGUCUCAAAAAGAGUUGUGAUGGCAGAUAAUGAGCUACUAGGUAAUGUGCAGAAGGUUUUGAACAUGAGCAGAAAUCUUGCUGAAACACAGCUAUUAAAGUCCAGGGGUUUAUAAACUAAUUAAAAUGAAUUAUUUUAUCUUCAAUGUGUAUAGGUGACACAUCCACAUUUAAAGAGGUUACUUCCCCAAACAAACAAAAGAGGAUGGGAGAGUAAAUCAUGCCAACACGUGCACUGACUCAGCAGCCAUAAUAUGAAAUUAGAAAAGCUGAUCUGAGAAAAAAAACUUUGAAUGUAGCCCAAUACAGAAUUCCUUGGAGCCUUACUGCAUUAUCAUUUUGAAUUGUCACCUGAAUUUAGUGCUUUCCACAUAAACUAAAUGUAUGCUCUUUUUAAGGGUCCCCUAAGAAUGUCCAGCCUAUACUAUUCAUAUCCAAACCUUUCAGGGUUCUGAGUCUGAAACUGUUGCAUGUUAUAACUACCAGAAUAGGAUCAUUUUAUAAGACUCAUGUGAAACACCUAUCAAGCAAACUUAAAGUAUUUAGAUAUAUAUGUAUAGAAACAAAUCAUGUUUCUCUGCUGCUAGUCGGAAGACCAUUGUACAGUCUACAAUCCUGUCUGUGUUUGAUUAUGGUGAUAUUGUAUAUACAUGCUCGUUCCACUUUAAAGCCUCUGUGUGUCACAGUGCACAGCGCUUCAUCACAGGCGAUACAUUUCUCACUCACUGUUGCAACUUAUUCAAAAAGAUGGGAUGGUCCUCCUUAAAAAUAUUACAUAGGCUCUAUUGCAAAAACUGCCUGCAGUACACACAUUGUCUGGUCACGGGACAUUUCAAUUUAGUAGCUGCACCUCUUGUUCACACUGAGCUCGGCAAAGGUUACAUUCUCUUAUUUCAUAUAUUUUAAAAGGUUGUACUACUUCUCUCGGUCUGUCCGAGGUUUCUGCCUCUUAAAAGGAAGUUCUUCCUUGCCGCCGUCGCCAAGUGCUUGCUCAUGGUGGUACUGUUGGGUCUCUGUAAAUAAUGUUAUAAAGAGUUCGGUCUAGACCUGCUCUAUUUGAAAAGUGUCCUGAGAUAACUUCUGUUAUGAAUUGGCGCUAUACAAAUAAAACUGAAUUGAAUUGAAUUGAA